UCUAUGUCUAGCGUGAACAUGAAUUUGCAGAAUGAAAAGGAAAAGCCUUAUGUAACCAACACGGGGAUACGGGGAACAAAAGCAUAAUUUGGUUAGUUGCAAAGACGUUGUGUUAUCUUGUGUUACAAAAUAUUAGGAAGACAAGAAUUUUACUUUUUUUCCUAUUUAACUAACGCUACAGAUAUCAAUUAGCAUGCAUUAUGUUUGUUCGUCAAUAUAUCCAUUACGUCAACGUGUAUCAUUUAUCCAGUGUUAUAACAGGCAACUUAAAAAACAUGCCCUGUCCAUUUUUGACACAUCUUUCUGCAAAUUACAUUCGUAAUUAUGGAGCUUCUGUAAUUAUGAACUACCGUCAGCUUUGUCCAGUGAUGUCUCAAUUUUUUAGCACUCAAGUAAAUAAUACUGAGUCUGAACAGAUUGAAAAAGCUAUAAAUAGUCAAUGUCCAUUUCUUGCUAAAGAACAAAAUGCUGUAAAAGUAGCUAGUCCUAUGGUUGAGGAAGAUAUUAUCAAUGUAUCACCUUUAGAAUCAAAGGAAAAAGGAAGCUUUCCAUAUGAAGAAUUUUUUCAUGAACAAAUUAUGAAAAAGAAAAAAGACCAUUCUUAUAGAGUGUUUAAAAAAGUUAAUCGUUUAGCAGAAAGUUUCCCAAUUGGAAUAGAAUACUCUUGGGGUGAGAAACCUAUCACUGUUUGGUGUUCUAAUGAUUAUUUGGGGAUGUCACGACAUCCAGCAGUAACAAAUUCUGUUCGAGAAGCAUUGAAUAAAUUUGGUGCAGGAGCAGGAGGAACUAGAAAUAUAUCCGGGAAUUCCGUAGGGCAUGAGAUUUUAGAAAAAAGACUUGCUUCUUUGCAUCAGAAAGAAGCUGGCUUAUUAUUUACUUCUUGUUUUGUUGCUAAUGACUCCACCUUAUAUACUUUAGCCAAACUUUUACCACAUUGUCAUAUCUUCUCCGAUGCUGGAAAUCAUGCAUCCAUGAUUCAAGGUAUAAGAAAUAGUGGUGUACCAAAACAUAUUUUUAGGCACAAUGAUGUAAAACAUCUUGAAGAAUUACUUUCCAAAGUAGACAAAACUGUACCAAAAAUCGUAGCAUUUGAAACAGUACAUUCUAUGACUGGUGAUAUAUGUCCUUUAGAAGACUUAUGUGAUAUUGCACAUAAAUAUAAUGCUUUAACAUUUGUUGAUGAAGUUCAUGCUGUUGGAUUAUAUGGAUAUUCAGGAGCUGGCAUUGGAGAGAGAGAUAGGGUGCUUCAUAAAAUGGAUAUUAUAUCUGGUACCUUGGGAAAAGCUUUUGGCAAUAUGGGUGGUUACAUUGUUGGAUCCACUAAAUUAAUAGAUAUGAUACGAAGUUAUGCAGCAGGUUUUAUUUUUACGACCUCAUUACCACCAACAGUACUAUAUGGUACCUUAACAGCUGUUGAAAUUUUAACUUCAGAUGAAGGAAGAUCAUUAAGGGCUAGUCAUCAAAAGAAUGUAGCUUAUAUGAAAUCUAUUUUAACAGCUGCAGGUCUUCCAUUAGAACAAUCACCUUCUCACAUUAUACCGAUAAAAAUUGGUGAUCCAUUAUUAUGUAGUCAAUUAGCUGAUUUAUUAAUAAAAGAUAAGGGGCAUUAUGUUCAAGCGAUCAAUUAUCCAACUGUUCCAAAGGGUGAAGAAAAAUUAAGACUUGCCCCAACUCCAAAACAUACUCUAUCUAUGAUGGAUCAGUUUGUAAAAGACAUAUUACAUGUCUUUCAUCGGUUGAAUAUACCGACGGUCGAACAUAAGCCAGACAACAUUCCAUGUGCAAUUCGAGUUCAUUGACAAAUAUUAAAUGUAAAUGAAUGAACUAUCAAAGAUUUGUAUAAUAUAAAUAUAAUUUAUUUAUGUACACAAAUUUAUAUUAUGUGAAUACUUUUGCUGUUGAACAAGCAUCUAUUUAUGGUGAAAUGUUAAAGAAAUUUAAUCAAAGUUAAUUUUAUUACAUAAAACAUUCAAUAAAACAUUAUUUAAUAAUA